AUGACGGAAAUCUAAAUUCCGUCAUUUUAGAAUUCUAUGUGAUUGGCAAUUCCUUCAUCCAAACGAAGAAGGUUUUUCCUUCAGCCGAUUAGGUUUUCAGCGAUUAGUUUUUUGGUUUUUCCCGUCUUUCCUCCCUCCAAUUUCGUUCCUCCCCCCUUCAGCCGCGCCGAAACCUCUUUGACAGAUCUCUCAGCCAAACCUCUUCUCCCUCAGCCUUCCUCUCUCUCUCUCUCUCUCUCUCUCUCUGACAGAGGCUGUCUGCGCCAAUCCUCUCUGCGCAAAACCUCAUCUCCGGCAAACCUCUCUGUCAACAGCGCCUCUCUCAGCCUCCGUUUCUCUCUAAAGCGCCACCUCUCUCAGUCGCCGCCAUCACAGAUUCAGCACAGCAGUUCGCAGCCACAUCUUCAUUUUAUGUAGCUGUCUUUCUCUCUGUCAGGGUUUGAUUAGCAGCAGUUCAUGCAGAUUAGCAGGAAAUUUCUGGAGCAGGUUGCAGCUUCCAGCAUCAGUUCUGCCACUCUUUGAGGCGACGAAGGCCAAGAGGAAGAAAGCCUGGUCGCUCAAGCUCAAUUUGGCCACCGACGAAGACGGAACGCUAGGUUUUUCGACUUCCACAUUCCAUGGACUUUGCAAAGUGUCGUUUUGAACCUGAAAAGAAGCCUCCUUUAUGCCCUCUGCUGCUGCCAAUUCGAACUGGGACAAUGACGAUGACGUCGCUUUGGUGGAAUUGGGAGCACAAAGCGUGAUUGAGCGGGAGGGCCUGGAAGUGGAGGUGAGAGAAACAGAGCUGAAUUUACAGCGCUGGAGAAGAGUGAUUGAAGAAGAAGAAAGAGAUGAUGAUGAAGUAUGAUUAUUAGGGUUGGAGGCACAAAUUGGAGGUGAGAAGUGUGAGAAAUGAACAGAUUUCAUUUCUGCCACCAAAAUUGGGAGCUCAGGAGCUUACUCCUAAGCCACUCCUAAGCUCCACAGUCAACUUGCCGCAAUUUCGGAUAAAUCAAGAAGGAAGAAGAAGGAAACACACGUGUGAAAAAAAAUAAAUCUGAAAACCACACGUGAAAACGCAGAGGAAAUGAGAUGCGAAGAUCCAAAACUACCCCCGCUGUUUCUGUAAUGUGUAGACUAAAAGCGACAUUAUCUAUUUACCGUUAUUCAUAGUUUGACCCCAAGGUCGUUUGUUGUGUGUGUUUGCCCUAUUUUGGUGUAUUCACGAGUUGGCCUCAAUAGUCUGUUGUCUUAUUCUCAUUGGUCCUUCAGUUGCAAAAUUGCAAAAUAGCCACACUGAAGGAACACGGGAAGAACUGUCGGUAAACGUGUGCAAAUUCCAACUUCAAAGGGGGGCCCGAAGGAGCCAAAUCAACUCUCUCGCUCUUACACUGGGACUGGUCUACUCUACUUCCCUUCCCUCCCCUGCUGCUAUUUUGAUCCUACUCUGCAUUUGGUUAACUGGUCAAAUAGGUUUUAGCAGAACUCGGCAGUUGUACAUGGUUCUAGGAUGGAAAAAAGCAAUGGCAAUAAAGCAACCCAGAUUUUUUGGAGCAUAGUUAGUUUCUUGAGGAGAUGUCUUUUUCUUGUAAUUUCUGUUCGUCCUAUACCUCAUCACAUUGCAUUCAUCAUGGAUGGAAAUAGAAGAUAUGCUAAAAAGCGUAAGUUGAAGGAAGGGGAUGGACAUAGGGUUGGGUUUUUGGCUCUGAUGUCCAUGCUCAAGUAUUGUUAUGAGUUGGGAGUUAGAUAUGUGACUAUAUAUGCCUUUAGUAUUGAUAAUUUCAAAAUGGACCCUGAAGAAGUUCAAUCCUUGAUGGACCUGAUACAGGAGAAAAUUGAAGGGUUAAUCAAGGAAGAAAGCAUAGUUAACCGCUAUGGAAUUAAGGUACACUUUAUAGGGAACCUAAAACUCUUGAGUGAACCUGUUAGGUUGGCAGCUGAGAGGGCUAUGGAGGCCACUGCCAACAACUCCAGAGGAGUUCUGUCAAUAUGUAUUGCCUACACUUCCACUGAUGAGAUUGUGCAUGCUGUUCAAGAAUCGUGCGAAGAAAAAUCAGAUGAAAUCAGUGUGAUGAAUGCAAGUGGAGCUGGGUAUGGUCUACUUCAACUUGGAGGGAAUGAAAAGGAAGAAAGGGAGAACAUUGUAAAAUUGACAGAUAUUGAAAAGCAUAUGUACAUGGCUGUUGCACCUGACCCUGAUAUUCUAAUCCGUACUUCUGGCGAAACCCGGUUGAGCAAUUUUCUUUUGUGGCAGAGUGCACACUGUUAUUUGUACUCUCCGUCUGUGCUCUGGCCAGAGAUUGGUUUCCGGCAUUUCGCUUGGGCGAUCUUGAGCUUUCAGCGUAGCUACUUUUAUCUGGACAGAAAAAGGAAACAGUCAUAAUUUUGUUUAUUGAUGUAUUUUCACGUUUGGUCUACUUGUUUCUGAAUUUCUAUCCUCUCUAACAAAUACAGAUUAGAUGCAGGCUUGAAGCGUUUUUCAGUGCCCCAGCCUGUAGUUCUUACAUUGUAAACAUUAGUCUGCUGUAUUGUAAGAAUAAUUUGCUUCCCUGUGUGGUUGCUUUGCAUUAUUAGAUAUUAGCAUCGGUCAAUGAAAGCUAUCAAUUUUUAGAAUUUUCGGCUAUUUCUACAUGUACUAGAUUAUGCAAAAGAAUCAACCUGA